AUGUCACGACAGUACGACUCCUCAACGCCUCCAGAGGACUACAGCCAAAAUUCUUCUCCUUCGCGGCCGAGCUCUCGCGUGGAAUCUGACCAGGCAGAGCAACAGCACUGCCGCCCUACCCCGGUUUCAGAACAACCGUCGUCUUCGGCGCAGUCGCCGCAGAGAGUGUCGUCGAGCUCCGAAGGAUACCCAUCUUGGCUUCCAAAACGGCCCCCGCCGCCAGCCCCCCGUUCGACCAUACAGUCGUCUGUGGUGGGCAUGUUCAGCGAACCCGGCCCAAGUAACGAAUCCUACGUGGUCGGGCGCAAGCCGACUCCGAGAUCGGUGCGUAUCGUCAGCUUGCAGGGCUCAACAACGCAGGGUGUGGAAGAUGUAAAGAGGCAGCGCGAACCCACGGACCAGUCGCGCGCGUUCUCCAACCCCGCCCAUGCCCGCGUUUGGUCCCGCGCGACAAGCGCCGGCAUGUCACCGACGCUCUUCUCGUCGGGUGCCUUCUCACAUUUCCCUCGGCCCCGCUUCAACUCGAUGGCACUCCAUCUAGAGCUGCUUCGAAGCCCCUCCUGGAAAACUCGUCUCUGGUUCUUCCUGUUUCCUGUACUUGUUCUCGCCCACAUCCCUCUGCAGACCUUUUUCGACUUCAAUGCUGUAUAUAUAUUGAUACUAGUAGCCAAGCAUCCGAAUCCCGUUGCACCAGGCGUGCCAGGCUCUGGUCGGAAUUGGGCGCUAGGCGCUGCCGCGUAUAUUGCUUGCUGGUUUGUCUGGAUUGCUGUAGUGUUUAUUGUGUAUGAGCUGCUAUACUCCUUCUACCGGCGUUGGAGAGUUAAGCGACCGCUAAUGUUCCCAAUAUACUUGUCCUCACCUGCUUUCAACUAUGUCUGCAUGACCUCGUACACGAACUUCUGCUUCAUGUAUCAUAUUCGCUCCUCAGCCUUUUCUGGCGAGCAUGCCAACGUUCGCGAUGGACUCGCCGAGACUGCAUACUAUUAUGCCCAGAAUUGGCCCACUGUCGCACUCCUAUUGCCGCGUGCGGCGCUGUCGCUGGCCCUGCUGCUGGCAUUUUCCUCCACCCAAGCGGAUUAUCUUGCUCUUGCCGAUGCAGGCAUCAGCCAACGAGAUGGGGCAUUCUUCCGCGCGAACGGAACGCUAUCCGGGUACGCCCGUGGCGUGCUCAUCGCUAAUGCCGCAUGGACGGCAUGGCGGAUCCUGGUUCUCUUCUUGAGUCUGAUUGGCCUCUGGAUUUUCAGCGGACACGGCUGUGCCGGUCUGUGUGGGCCACGAUACCGCUGGGAGGAGGAGGACGCGGAGAAGACGGUUACGGCGUUCAGCGGCGAGGACGCUGCGGAUAUGGAUGCGCUGCCGUGGAGCUGGAAGGAGUGCACGCUCCUGCGCAUCAAGGACUCGUAUGACUUUUGCAUGACGCUCAAACCGCCGCGCUCGAGCUCGGGCGUCGCACCGAAGGAGGGGCACGCAGAGUCACCCGAGGCGUCCAUGCCGUUUGAGGGCAUGCAGCAGGUCUUUGCGGCCGCGGGUCUCCCGUCGGGCCCGCAGCCUGCGCGCCGGCCCGUGCUCUCGGACAAGUUGUUCGAAAGUCCUGUGCCGAUGGGUGCAGAGCUGGUGGAAGAGAAGAGGAGCCAGGAGGCUGGGGAACCGGAGGGUGGUGUCGCUCCGCCUGCUGCUGUUGUACAGUCCAAAGAGCAGCUCUCAGCUGAUCCAUCAGGGCCGUUGAUGAAGCUGCCGUAUCCGUUCACGGGGUAUGGCGCGCAGGUCUCGUCUCAGGAUGUUGUGCCUUUCCCGCCUUCGCCGGAGCCUGAGGAGGGGGUCGAGGUGCCGAUUGAGGGUGAUGACGAGGAGGAUGGGGAAGAGGAGGAAGAAGAGGAGGGAGAGGAGGACGAAGAAGAGGAGGGAGAGGAGGAAGAAGAGGAGGAGGAAGAGGAGGAAGAGGAAGCGAGUGAGGAGAGACGCACUUCCGGUUCUAUGUCCAGUUUGGGCCGCCCGGUCGCCUCGCGAUAUCCCUUCCAGUUCCGCAGACCGCAGCGCACGAGCAUGUCUUCUGCGUCUCGUAUGUCGCCGCCCUCACACUCUACACCUCACUCAGCGCAUUCUCGCUCAACGCAGACACAUUCUACACAGUCGCGCUCCACACAGUCGCGGUCAACACAGUCGCGAUCAACACACCAUUCGCGAUCGACGCAGUCGACGGGGAAUCGGGAGUCAACGGACUCACCCUUGUCCCUCGGAAGCUCCAACGCUCCAAGCCCGCUGGCAUCCAGCUUCAGCGGCAGCGUCAUGCCGAUGCCGCCCAGACAUCCGCAGGUGGAAAGAAGAGCGAGGGCGCGAACUGUUCCUGCUCCAGGCACUCCUGGUUCCGCCACUCCGAGCUCUCCUGGAUCGCCCUCGCCAGUGGUCUUCCCCGCCCGGCCUCGUGCACGCACUCGAACAGGAAGUGCAGCGACGGAGACGUCUACGACAUUCGGACCCGUACCUGUCCCUGCGGUCGAUACUGACAACGAGGGCUAUCACGAGGAGUCUCUCAUGGACGUGCCAGAGGCGGAGGGUUCGAUAGAGGAGGCAGAGCAGCACGACAGCGUCGGUCUACUUUCAGCUGGGCCCAGCCCGCGGCAGUCGCUCAUCAACCUGCGGCGGGGAAGCAGCCUCUCCCAACGUCGGGCGAACGGCUCACGAUCACGAUCUGGUACGGGAUCGAGAUCAGAUUCGCGCUCGCGUACUAAUUCAGCGCACUCUCAUUCGGAGUCGGUGCGCUCGCGGGCGCAGUCGCUCAUACACUCCAUCGGUGCAGCUUCCCGGUCAUCGCUGGACCUCGUGCGGUCGCGCACGAAUUCCAUGCAGCGGCUGUCCGACUCGCCGUUUGACUCGGCCCAGUCGGACGCGGUGCUGAGCAGUCCGGAGAACCACACUUUCGGGCAUCCGCUCAGAGAGCAGUGGAGGAGAGAGGAAGCGGCCCAGGGGAUUGAAGAUAUUGCCGAGGUCCCGGCACCACUGGAGGAGACUCAACCUGAGCCUGCUGCAGCGUCGGGCUCAGACAUCGGGGAGGGCUCCCAAGGGCUGCAGACCGCUCUGUCCACGUUCUCUAGCGGCGCACCGUCGGCGCCGCCAUCUGAACGGAGCGUCCAUACUGAGCGACUUGGCGUGCCGAUAAUUGGGCAUGGACAGGUAGAUGAAACGAGCCAGCCAGACAUCAGCACGGCGAAUCAGUCAUUCGUGACAGCUGCGCCGACUGUUGAGGGUACGACGACUGACUCUUCUGGUCAGACUCCUCCGAGCUGGGGAGGUACAGACAUUGAGCGCCAGUACGCCCCAGGAGGAAUGGGGCGGCCGAUGUGA